AUGACAUCAUCUAUUAGUGACAUUAAUUGUGAUGCUGUAAAUAAAGAAGUUUUAAAAGCAUUGUUAAAGCUAAAAGAGAAUUCUCAAUGUGCAGAUUGCCAAGCCCAAGAUCCAUCAUGGGCAUCAGUUAAUCUUGGAAUUUUUUUAUGUAUUGUUUGCUCGGGCAUUCAUCGUUCAUUAGGAACACAUAUUUCAAGAAUUAAAUCAGUGGAGUUAGACUCAUGGAAAGCUGCCGAAAUUGAAACUUUUAAACAAACUAAUAAUGUCCAAGCAAAUGAAUUUUGGGAAGCAAUGUUGCCAAUUGGAUUUAUUAAACCAACUUAUGCUGAUUCAAAUGGAUAUAAAGAUGCAUGGAUAAGAUGUAAAUAUGAAAAGAAAUCAUUUGUCCCAAUUGAAUACGAAAAUGAAACUGUUAAAAGAUUAAAUUUCAACGCACGUGAAGGAUUUAUUUAUAAAAAAGGUGAUUUAAUAAAGAACUGGAAGAGAAGAUUCAUGAAGUUUGUAGGUGAUGAAAAACUAGAGUACUUUAAAUCAAAAAAUGAAAGAACUCCAUGUGGUUCAAUAUCAUUAAAGAAUACAGGUCAAAUCGAUUCUGUAAAUGAAGUAGAUGGUAAAUCAUUUUGUUUCAUCAUCUCAACUCCAAAAAGACGUUAUUUAAUUAGUUGUGACACUAGAGAAGAUAUGUUUGUUUGGAUUCAAAAUAUAAGAAAAAGUUCUCAAAUUGUAAAUUGUAAUAAUUAA